CCAAUAAAAUUUAGAGGAAGAAGCAGCAGCAGCAGUGAACAGGUAAGAUGAACGCGCCUCCCGCUUUCGAGUCGUUCCUGCUGUUCGAAGGGGAGAAAAAGAUCAGCAUCAGCAAGGACACCAAAGUCCCGAACGCCUGCCUGUUCACCCUGAACAAGGAGGACCACACGCUGGGCAACAUCAUCCGAGCUCAGCUGCUGAAGGACCCUCAGGUUCUGUUUGCUGGUUAUAAAGUUCCUCAUCCUCUGGAGCACAAGAUCGUCAUCAGAGUGCAGACCACACCUGACUACAGCCCACAGGAAGCGUUCACGAACGCUAUCACUGACCUGAUCAGCGAGCUGUCACUGCUGGAGGAACGCUUCAGAGUCGCCAUCAAAGACAAACAGGAAGGCAUAGAGUGACCCCGCCCCAUCCAUGAUGUCACUUCCAGUUACCUGCCCUCUGUUUGUCUUCUGUUUCUUUUAAAUAAAGCCUGUGAUGCCAGA